GGUUUCUUGAUGUCUCUUCCUGCGUUGUGCGUCGGAGCUGUGUCUGGGGAAAUUUGCGUUGUUUUUCGCGGUACAGCUCACACACACUGAACGGUAAGUAUGGCGGACAAGGCUGUUACAAUCCGAACCCGAAAGUUCAUGACCAACAGGCUUCUUUCCAGGAAGCAGUUUGUCGUUGAUGUUCUUCAUCCAGGGAGGGCAAAUGUUUCCAAGGCUGAACUUAAGGAGAAGCUAGCUAGGAUGUAUGAUGUGAAAGACCCUAAUACUGUAUUUGUCUUCAAAUUCCGAACACAUUUUGGAGGUGGCAAAUCCACUGGAUUUGGUUUGAUUUAUGACACAGUGGAAAAUGCUAAAAAGUAUGAGCCCAAAUACAGGCUUAUCAGGAACGGCCUUGACACUAAGGUAGAAAAGUCAAGGAAGCAAAUGAAGGAGAGAAAGAAUAGAGCUAAGAAGAUUCGCGGAGUAAAGAAGACCAAGGCUUCCGAUGCUGCCAAGGCUGGAAAAAAGAAAUAAGUUUUGAGACACCCUGUUACUCCUAAGGUUAAAUUGGUUUUGGUGCUUUGUAAUAGUUAUUUUUAUCUUAUGCUAGAUUUAUAGAAUGAGAUGUCUUGGCGCAAGUGUUGAUCCUUGUUUUAAUUUAUGUUCGAUCGCUUAUAACUUCAGAUGUUGAGUACAUUGAACAAUUGAGAACUCGUGUUUUAUUUUCCUUGCUUUCUAAUACCUUGUAGGUUCGAGUUGCGUAAAUUGGGCCUAAACGCAGAUGCAUUUAUUUGAUUUAUAUGGAAUUGCUCAGAGUUUAGUUGGUAGAA